CUGAAAAUUCCGAAAGGAACGACGUGGCCGGUACUUCGGAGGAGGGCCAGGUUAUACAUGCGUAUACCCCCUUGGAGCAUCCCAAUAGACCUCAAAAAUCUGCAAAAAGACCUCUCAAAAAACGGCCCACUAGACGUACACUUCUUGUGGAAAGCGAAUCUUCCGAGGACGACACAUCCUUCAGCAGAGACCCAAAGUCUAAAAGGCCGCGUAAAUUUUCCGAAAGGUUUCAUGCUUCACUACAAGCAAGAGGCACCCCCACAGUCUCCAAAGUAUCACAAAGGCUAAAACCUACGAUCCCCUCAACUUCAACUACUGCUAGGUAUCACAGCGCUGAGCUAUUGAAACAUGUACAUAUGACUAUAGAGCAGAUCAUUUACAGACAUCCUGCUAUAAGGGCCCUAGUUUCUGACCCAGAAGUGGCUCAGAAUAUACAAACAUUAAUUACCCUAUUGAAAACGCUGGGUUUUUUAAAACAAUAACAGUGUAUUUGUAGAGCUACAAUGGAACCACAUCGCAAAAAAACAUGUAAAAGGAAACACAUUGAAAUUACUGUUGAUGAUUCUGACAAUGAUGAUACGGCUGUGAAUGGUGUUCUAAAAAAUAAAAAGGUUUCAAUUGAUCCGAGUCAUAAUGUGUCAAAUUCUGUGGUAAAUUCUAUAUUCGUACCUAAAAAUACCUUAAAUUCUGAUCCUUCAACAAGUUCACAUACACAUAGUAUGUCUACAGCCCCCAAUGUCUGUCUGCCCCCCGUUCACCCCCAAAAUUUAAAUGGUUUCGAGAAUUUUGACUAUCUAGACAAACUAUUAAAUGAUAUAAAUUAUAAUGCGUAUAGUUUACCGUCAAUCAGGGCUCUGAUUGAUGAAAUUUCUCCAGAUAGGCCCCCGAUAAAUGACAACUCCACUAAUAUAGACAGCAAUAACUCCCAGUGCCGUGUGUUUGUUAAUGAUGCUAAAUUGACUCAGAUCAAUUUUGACUCUUUGGAUAAGCUUCUGCAUGAAAUGUAUAGAGAGAAUCAUGAUACUCUAGAGAGUGUAGUUGAUGUGGAAAAACAAAUAGGGGGAGGUUUGAACGACGGGGCUUACCGUGAUGAUUCUUUUAGCAUAAAAGUCCUGGGGGGUGGUGUAUUACAUGAUGAUCAAGUGGCAGGUCCUUCAGGUUUACAGGCCCCCCCUAGAGAUAGUGCCGGUGAUAGAAUUGGUGGGGAAGGUGUACAGCGUAGACAUAGACCUAUGUUUAACAAUUUCGAAUUGAAGCAACCUCUUAACUUUACACAUCUGUAUGACUUGGAUUCCUACGCUGAAGUUUUUACGGUGUUACAUGAAACGUUAGAGAAUAUGUUGAGUGAGGUUUCUAGAACGCUAAGACCCUCAGACGUUGUCCAGCUUGAAUUACGAGCGGGAUCCUUAGAUAUACCAGUGUAUGUAAAAAUGAGUGGAGCCAAUUUAAGUCUAGAUGAUUUUCUCAGUCAGAUUGAAGCUCUCCUUCAAAGUCAUAGUGAAAUUUUGGCUGAUGACUCUUUAAUGUUGAUUGUGCAGGUUAUUAGGUGCCCAGAAGGAGGUGGUGUAAGGAGAUGUUUGCAGACCUUAAUGAAAAGUGAGCUUAUUAGAAAAAAAGCCAAGCAUCUGAUUAUAUGUUACAACAGAGACAAUCAAUUAUGCUUUGCCUACAGCGUACUGAGCUUGAUAUUUCCAGAAUUCAGAGGGGCUUAUGAAAUGUGUAUGGCUGAGGCUUUAAAACUUCAACAGAGUGUGGGAUUAAGUGAACAUCAAAUGGUGUCGUUUGUAGACAUAGAUAAAUUUGAACAGGCCUUAGAUGUUAAAAUUGUGGUCUGGUACAGAUGUCCUCAAAAGGAUGUGUUCCUGAAUCACCAAACAGAUACUCGAGCAAAAAACAAAACUGUAUUUCUGUUUCUUCAUGAGAAUCAUUUCUAUGGUAUUGUUAACUUGAAAGGUUUUCUGGGUGCAGCCUAUCUGUGUAAUUACUGUUACACCGCCUACAGUAAUCGAUCUGGACAUCGCUGUGAAGGACACUGUAAUGUGUGUUUUUCCCCAGCCUGUAACAGCGAGUCCUCUGUAAAGGUAAAAUGUAACGACUGCAAUCGUUAUUGUCGAUCGCAGCUCUGUUAUGAUGAGCAUAAGAUUCUCAGAGAUAAAGCCAACAGUGAAAAACAGGUUUCUAUGUGUGACCUUUUAAAACUUUGUACAAGGUGUUAUUCUCUCUAUAAAUGUGACCCUACAAAGCCACAGACUCACAAAUGUCUUACUCCUUACUGUAAGCUAUGUAAAGCCGUGUUGUUACCUCACAGUGAUCAUAAAUGCUUCAUUCAAAUGCUUAAACCUAAGGAACCCACAGACAAAUAUGUGUUUUAUGAUUUUGAAUGUCGUCAGGAAGCUGGCGUACACAUUCCUAAUUAUUUGUACUGCAUGCACAUGGGUGGUGAAUCAUGGUAUUGGGAGGGCGAGGAAUGUGUGAAAAAGUUUUUUGAGCGGUAUCGUAGACCUUGUUAUGCAGGAUAUACUUUCUUGGCACACAAUGCAAAGUCUUAUGACAGUUAUUUACUGAUGAAUUAUUUAGUAUCCAACGGAAUUAACCCAAAUAUCAUAGCUCAGGGUAGCAAGUUGAUGUGUUUUACAGACGAAGCUUUUAAAAUGCGUUACAUUGAUUCCUUUAACUUUUUGCCCAUGAAGUUAAGUGCCCUGCCUGCUGCUAUGGGAUUUGAAGCCAAAAAAGGAUAUUUUCCUCAUUUUUUCAAUACUGUUGAAAACCAGAAUUAUGUGGGGCCAUUUCCUGAACCCAUUUACUAUGGUGUUCAGCAAAUGAUGUCUAAAGAUCGUGAUGACUUUUACAAAUGGUAUGAUUCGAUUAAGAUGGGUGUUUUUAAUUUCAGAGACGAAAUGGCAUUCUACUGCAAAAAUGAUGUUGAAAUUUUGAAAGAGGCCUGUAUCAAAUUCCGGACUGAGGUUUAUGCAAUAGGGCAGAUAGACCCCUUCCAAUGUACCACCAUUGCUUCACUGUGCAUGGCUAUGUAUAGAAGUAAAUUCAUGCCUAAAGACACAAUAGCGAUCAUUCCUCCCGACAAUUACAGUGAGCAGCAAAAAAGCUUUUCAAAUGCCUCGAUACAAUGGUUAAUGUAUGUAGCAGAAACUGAAAAUGUUUUCAUUCAACACGCUUUAAACUACGGAGAGCUUAAAAUAGGACCCUUUUUCUUGGACGGUUAUGCUGUGAUUAAUGGUAAGCGUACGGCUUUUGAAUUUGCAGGGUGUUUUUUUCAUGGUUGUCCCUUGUGCUAUGAUUCGGCCGAUGUAAACCCCUUAAGCAAAGUAUCGUGUGGUACGAUGCAUCAUCACUUUGAUGAAAAGAUUGAAACAUUGCAAAAGGUUUACGGGGUGGAAGUCAGAGUUAUUUGGGAACAUGAAUGGAACACCCUGAAAAAACAACCUAAAGUUCACGAAUUUCUGAUUCGUUCUGAUUUUCCAGAACGCAUAAAUCCACGCGAGGCUCUGUUUGGGGGACGUACAAAUGCCAUUACAUUACAUUAUGUGGCCCAAGAAAAUGAAAGGGUGGAAUACUUUGAUUUCACUAGUUUGUAUCCGUUUGUUAACAAAACAAAAGUGUAUCCCGUAGACCAUCCUACUGUAAUUUACCAUAAUUUUCAAGACUUGAGCCAGUACUUUGGAUUGUUCAAAUUAACUGUUCUGCCUCCUAGGGGUCUUUAUUUCCCUGUACUGCCUGCCCGCAUCUGUGGUAAAUUAAUGUUUACCCUCUGCCGUUCAUGCGCAGAAACACUAAACCAGACGGGGGUAUGUAAUCAUACCUCUGGAGAAAGAGCCUUGACCGGGACAUGGUGUAGUGUAGAGGUAGUUAAAGCUCUUGAGAAAGGUUACAAAGUGUCUAAAAUACAUGAAGUGUGGCAUUUUCCUCAGAAAUCUGACACUCUCUUUACAGGUUACAUUAAUAGUCAUCUCAAGGGGAAACAGGAAAGUUCAGGAUACCCUGCUCAUUGUACCGAUGAGGAGCGUAAAGAGCGUUAUAUUGCGGAAUAUUUUCAGAAAGAGGGGGUUCAAUUAGAUCCUCAAAACAUUAAUGUUAACCCUGCUAAAAGACAAAUCUCCAAACUAUGCCUCAAUAGUUUGUGGGGAAAACUAGCACAGAGAACUAACCAGCUCUCUACAAGCUUGGUAAAGGAUCCUGACCAGUUUUUCCAUUAUCUCUUUUCAAAAAGAUAUCAGGUUUCGCAUUUUUGUUUUGUAAGUGAUACUGUGGCUCAGGUUCAGUGGCGUUACGCUUCUGAUACCUAUACUCCCACAGGUAAUGUAAACGUAUUCAUAGCGGCAUUUACUACCGCUUACGCCCGGCUAGAGCUCUAUAACCUCUUGGAUCGUUUGCAGGGUCGAUAUAAAUCCCUAGCCAGUGUUCUCCCGGAUAAUUCUGGGGGUCCGUGUUGA